AUGAGGUCGCUGCGUUGCAUGUCGGCUGAGGCACUUGUGUCCCACCCACAGCUGGCCCGGGAGGGCCUGGGCAGUGUGGCCCACGAUCUCUACCCACUGCUGUUCAGGGCCAGCUACCUGCUAGAGCAGCCAGAGGUGGUGUGUGCUGUGCUGGGACAGUGGCCCCUGGAGGAGUUCCGCCUGCGGGCACUGCUGGGACCCAGCACCGAGCACUCAGAGGACCUACGGGACCGCGCAUGCAGGGCCUGCCUGGAGGCCUGCGUGCAGGGCCUGGUGCGCCAUGUGCGGCGGAGUGGCCAGCGGCGACUGCGAGUGGCCGAUCUCACGGGCCUACAGGACGUGCAGGAGCAGCGCUGCCCGUGUGGGAGGGCCCUGGGCCGGUGGGGACGCACCCAGCUGCUGGCCAGGACCUGCUGCGAGCUGCAGGAGGCUCCCUGUGCGGCAGGGCACCCCGUGCAGGUGCUCACCGACCUCUUUGUCACCGAUGGCAACUUCGAGGUGGUGGUGCAGGCCCUGCAGCCCACCGGCCCCACACCCUUACAGCUGCGCUGCCCCUCGGUCCGCGCUGACAGCCUGAGUCCUGAGCAACUUCUGCAUGUGCUGCACCUGGCGGGGCCGGAGUCACUGCGCAAGCUUGAGGUGGUGCACAACGUGCGGCUGCACGCUGGCCACGUGCAGCAGCUGCUGGCCCAGGUGGGCUUUCCGCAGCUGGCCUCGCUCACUCUGCCCACCAGGGCCUUUGAUAUGCCCCAGGCCUGCUCCCCAACUCCUGACAGCCAAGACUCCCUCCUCACCUCCAUUGCUGGGGAGCUGGGCCGCAUGGCCCACCUCACAGAGCUGAAUGUGGCCUUCUCCACGCUGACUGGCAAGGUCCCCACACUGCUCAGCUCCCUCAGAACCCCGCUGCGCACACUGGACCUGGCCCACUGCGCCCUGAGCCACACAGACAUGGCCUUUCUGGCAGACUGCAUUCAUGCCACCCACCUGGAGGUGCUGGACCUCAGCGGACAUAACCUGGUCCACCUGUUCCCCUCAACCUUUUUCAAGCUGCUUCGCCAGGCGGCUGCAACGCUCAGGGUGCUGACACUGGAGGAGUGCGGCAUUGCUGACAGCAAUGUGGGCAUGAUGAUUCUGGGCCUGAGCCCCUGCAGCUGUCUGCAGGAGUUCCGGUUCCUGGGGAACCCACUGUCAGCCCGAGCCCUCAGGCGCCUCUUUGCUGCCUUAUGUGAGCUCCCCCGCCUGCGGCGCAUAGAGUUCCCUGUGCCCAGGGACUGCUAUCCCGAGGACAUUGCCUACCCGCAGGAUGAGCCAGCCCUGUCCAGGUUUGACCAGCAGAAGUAUGCAGCAAUCUCUGAGGAGCUGCAGGCAGUGCUGCUACGAGCCCAGCGAGACGACAUUCAGGCCUGCACGCCCCUGCAUGGGAGCUUCGACCCUGACGUGCAGGAGACCAGUGAGGAGCUUGGGGCCUUCCUGCUGCAAGCAUUUAGAGCUGCCCUGGACAACUUCUCCCGCAUCCUCAGACAGAUAGAAUAG